AUGGAAACCCUUUUUACAUUUGAUGAAUCGAGUACAUUUUAUGGGAAACAAUUUCACCUACUCUACAUUGCCCAGACUAUUGAGGCAACGUCCUCACAACAUAGAUCUAGAAAUAGAAGGAAAAUAUCAGACAAUUAUGAAUUAGAGAAUGAUUAUGUAAGUUCAUGUUAUUUGGGAUCUAUGCUCAAUGAGAUUGAAGACUCGCUUGAUUUUACGAAAUUUGAUGAAUCCUUUUCAGCCAUGGAUUCUGAAAAGAUGUGGAUGUUAAAAAAUGUUAAAAAAAAGCCAAAAAUUGAACAUGCCUUGAUCGAAUUAAUGAAAAAAUAUACACUUAACAGUGUCGAUGAUUUGCGCGAAGCUAUUCCUCAACCAUUUAUACCUGAAGGAUUAAGUUUGACAGAAAUUAACACUACGAUCUUAAUUUUAUAA